AUGACUGACAUGGAAGUUACACCUAUUUACUCGCAAACCAAGUUUGCUUCCGACAAUGACCUCAAUGAUCCCAAGGUUCUUGAAAUGUACCUGAUCUCUGCUGACAUUGUCAACACUGUCCUUCCCCUUGUUAUUUCCAAGGUUUCUCCUGGAAUCUCUGUCAGCGAUCUCUGCCAGUUUGGUGAUGAUCUCAUUCUUGCCAGCACUGAAGGUGUUUACAAGAACACCGAGAGAGGUAUUGCUCUCCCUACAUGUGUUACUAUCAACAACCUUGUCCAGUACUACUCCCCUCUUCCCGAAAACGACUACAACCUCAAGCCCAAUGAUCUUGUAAAGAUUGAGUUGGGUGUUCAUGUCAAUGGUUAUAUCGCUACUGCUGCCCACUCCACCAUUGUCAACCCUACUCCCAGCCAACCUAUCGGUGGUCGUGCUGCUGAUGUCAUUUGCGCUACUUACUUUGCCCAUGAAGCUGCAAUCCGUAUGCUCAGACCCGGUGUUAAGAGCUCAGAGAUCUCCCGUGUUAUUUCCGAGAUCGCUGCGUACUACCGUUGCAAGCCCGCAGAGGGAACCUUCUCUUCUCUUAUGAAGCGUUUUGUAUUGCGUGCCGGUAAAGAUAUCGAGAACCAGUUGAACGAGGAGAUGACCGUUAAGGAAUUGGAGAACUUGGACUUUGAGAUUGAAGCCAACCAGGUUUACCAGCUUAACAUUGUUCUCACCACCAGUGAUGGAAAGGUCAAGACUGCAGAAGACAAGCCAUUCCUGUACCAGAGAGAUGUAAAUGCUUCUUACCAGCUCAAGAUGCGCUCUGCCCGCCUUGCCUUCAGUGAGAUCAACGCCAAGCACACCGUCUUCCCCUUCUCCACUCGUGCUUUGUCUGGUAACCAGGCUCGUCUCGGUUUGGUAUCUUUGUUGGCUCACCACCUCGUUACCCCUUACACUGUUAUGCGCACCCAACUCUCAUCUGAUCUUGUGGCACAAUACAAGUCCACUGUCUUGGUAUUGGCCGAUGGACCUAUGCAGUUGACUGCCGCACAGCCUCUUCCUUAUGUACAUUCCCAGUACUGCAUUCCCCAGCCCACCAACGCUGCCAAUGUUCUCAGCACACCUGCUGUCAAGCAAGCCAGACCUACCAAGCACAAGGCUACAGCACUCGAUGUAAACUUUGGCGAACGUCGUGUUGAUGUCCAGGAUGUUGAUAUGGAUUAA